AAACAAAUCGUUAGAAAAAAGAGGAAUCAAAAUUAUCAGUCCCAGGGAUUCAGGGUUUCUAUCUCUGGAUUUUCAAGUUCCACGUCCAGGCAAUUCAUGAUUCAAUGGUCUAAAGUGUUAGGCAUGUUGAACAGGCGAUUCCGCCCACUUUUGUGGAGCCAAUGGAGAAAAAAAAGCUAGGAAAAAAAAUUCAUAGACAGAGAAACACUUGAGACUCUCAAGCUUUGAGAACGAUAACCUCAUACACUUGAAAACGGCCUAUUUUCAACUCUUUAAUGAGUUAUUCGGACGCAAUGAACGGCGUGUUCGCUAUCAACAAGCCUACGGGUAUCACAUCAGCACAAUUUCUGGCUAAAAUUCAACAUAUAUUUACAUCCUCAUCGGUGUUCUCCAAAGAUCUUGCACAACUACGUGGCGCUAAGGUUGAACAACUUCAACGUGAGGGUCAAAAGGCCUCCAGAAGAAAGCUUAGAAAGGUUAUGAAAGUAAAGAUGGGUCACGGCGGUACGCUUGAUCCUCUUGCUACCGGUGUUUUAGUUAUUGGUGUUGGCAAAGGAACAAAAAAAUUGCAAAAUUACCUCAGUGGAAGUGUCAAGGUUUACGAGACAGAGGCUUUGUUUGGUGGUGCAACUACUACAGGUGAUGUAGAAGGUGAGUUGAUUUCGAGGGCUGGAACUAUUCAUCUAAAGAAAGAAGAUAUCGAUUCAAUACCAGAGAAGUUUAUUGGACACAUCAAACAAACACCGCCAAUUUUUGCUGCCCUGAAGAUGAACGGGAAGCCCUUGUACGAAUAUGCCAGAGAAGGAUUACCUUUACCCAAACCAAUUGAAACGAGGGAUGUCCAAAUCUAUGAUCUUAAAAUUGCAGAUGACACUUUGAGUACUGACCACAAAUAUGAGUUUAUCAAAAAUGUUGAUUGUGAUGGAGAGAAUCUCGAGGAGAAAUUAGCUACAAACCCGACCUUAAACGACAGCAAGGUUUACUUCUCUAAGGAAUAUUGUGAUAAAAAUGGGGUCUCUGAAGAUUACGAUGUUGGCAAACCUCAACCACUGACUGACGAUGAAAAGAACCCCCAAUUUAAAGCACCUAUGUUACAUUUCACCACCAGAGUCAGCUCCGGUACGUAUAUCCGUAGUUUAAUCAGUGAUAUCGGAAGAGCUUUGAACUCCAAUGCAUACAUGGUUAAGCUUAUAAGAGCUGAACAAGCUGAAUGGGUUUUGGGUAAAAACGUCUUUAACAUUGAAGAUUUCGAAGAAAGAGACGAGGCUGUUUGGGGUGCAGUAUUGUCCCAAGUAUUUCAACAAGGAGGCGAAAAUAUCAACGAUAUUGCAUCAUUGUUUCUGCAAACGGAGGCAAGGUUGAAAGAAGAACAGAACCAUGAAGGAGCAACAUGUGGUUCACAAGAAGGAGACAUUAUUGAUGCUGAACAACAGCCAGAAGAAAAGAUUUCGGCGAAUUCUGAAAGCAAAGAUGAAGCAUCUCAUGAUGAACUAAACACCAAGAAGAGACCACUUGAGUCUUAAAAUACAUAAAUCUCCUUAUCCUCUAAGAUCUCUAUUGUAUAGGAACAUACUCUAUUUUUAUGUACUGCG